AUGAACUUGGCUCCGCUCCUCACGCUUUUCCUCCUUUCCCUGUGCUGCCCCGUUGCUCAGGGGGUGAACUUGUACCCGUCGUGCCAGGGGGGCGAACUGCAAGGGUCCGCGGAUGCGGGUGGGGAGACGACCAUCUUUGCAUUGUCGCAAAAGACACGGGCCUUGAAACUGACGUGUCUUGCUUACGAGGUGAGCAGCCUCAUGGGUGGCAUGAAAAAGGGUGCAAAGGAUCCGUGCGGCGUGGCCCAUCAGACGGAGUACCUGCAUCGCCUCGUCAUCCGGGCAGCAACAGAGGAUAAGGCCAGUGGUAAAGUCAAUUUGACGGAUUUUGAUGUGAAGGACCUUGCAGGGGGGUCCCUCGGCGAUGUCGUCAUUCGUUUGCCGGGGCCGAGUAGGCUCUCCCUAGUUUUUAUGAACAACGCCGUGAACCGCCGUUGCUCGCUGCGCAUCCGUGCGAUCAUGAGCUACACGGAGAAGACGGAGCCGACGCAGCAGGAAAGUUUGCCGGUGGCAGUUUCGGUGGUCCCUCGGACGGUGUACGUCAAACGCAGUGCGACGACGAGCGUUUUCCUGCGCUAUCCGCAGGGCACAGACAUGCGGGCAGCGCAGUCAGACGUUGUGAAGCUCGUCGACUUGUCCAAGGAGUGCGCAACCGGCGGUGCUGGUGGGCACAUUAUGCGUCUGCCGCCGUCUCUGCCGCCUAUGCCUCACCUUGGCGACCCCGCGACGCUGGGGCUGCGUGACUACUACUUUGACACCCCUGAGACCUAUCGAGUCUGCUACUACGGCAAUGGAACCCAGACGGGCGCCGAGCUCGCGGUCAUUCGCGUGUUCGACGGUAACCCCGCCUACUACCAGGUGGUUAGCGGUCAGGACGAGGAAGGGCGUGUGUUCGUUGGGGCGAAGACGACAGUCAAGUUCCACGGAUAUGACCUCGACACUCGCCCCGGCGGGGACAGGGCAAAGUUCGUCAGUGACAGUGAGGAAUGUGCAACGGCGAAGGCCGCCGGCGGCGUGUCGGAGGCCACGAACCUCGGCCCUGGCGACAGCUACGGUCCCGGCACCACCUACACGCUCUGGACGUGGGUGCUGCGGGAGGCUGGCGCCUUCAAGGUGUGCUACAAGCGCCGCAACGGCGUCUGGACGGAGGUGCCGAGUAUCACCGACGUGGGCCCGGACGCAGCCGCCGCCCCCACCCCUGGCGCGACUGACCCCAAACGCGUCCCGCGCCCCACAGACCCCUGUGACGAAAGCGGAAUGUCCCAUGGCAAGUGA